AUGGGCGGGAACCAGUCUGUGCCGAAGAUCACGAAGCAAGACCGCGCCAUCCUUGAGUCACGCGAUGAAGUACGAAAGUACCAAAAGAAGAUCCAAGUAGUAUUGGACCGCGAGCAUGAGAUUGCCAAGCAACAACUAGCAGCGGGUAACAAGGAUCGUGCGCUCAGCGCAUUGCGGAGACGGAAGUAUCAGGAAGGACUAUUGGUCAAGACGGACGCUCAAUUAGAGAACCUGGAGAAGCUGGUCUCGACUAUCGAGUUCUCACUGGUCGAGGUUUCAGUAUUACAUGGCUUGCAGCAAGGCAACGUGGCUCUCAAGGAGAUCCACAAGGAGCUGAACAUAGAGAACGUCGAGCGGGUGCUGGAAGAGACACAGGAGGCCAGGGAGUACCAACGGGAAAUCGAUGAGAUGCUUGCCAACUCUCUAAGUCUAGAAGACGAGGAAGCAGUACAAGCAGAACUGCGGGAGCUACAGCUCGAGACGCUCGGCGUGGAGGACGCAGCGCGACCAGUCCAGCUCCCUUCUGUACCAACCGAACGGCCGGUCAGUCCUGUCAAGGAACCAGAACCGCAGCCACAAGAACGGGGACGCGUGCCAGUCGCAGCAUGA